UUUUUUAAAUAUGUUUGGGGUGCUUUUUUAUUUUUCGUCGAAAAUCCCCCUGCAGGGUGCAAGGCCUCGCUGCACACCCAGCGGUGCAGGCGGCAGCUGGUGUGCAUUCCCGUAGCCUUCGUACCGCGAUUGAGCAGGCCGCCCCCUGCUUUGACACCGACUCGCUGAAGCAACUUAGGGACAUCAACACGCGUCCUGGCCGUGCCAAACAUCGGGUCCCUGUCGUUCCUCCUGGUGUGCGGCUGUGCCACACACGCACACAUCGGACAAGCGCGAACUCCAGCUGGACGCACUUCUUCCUCGGCAUGAGGCUCGUCCUGAUCGUGGUCUGGUGCAUGCGCUCACGCUCGGGUUGCACGCGAUGUCGCAGGCGCUGCAGGUCGUUACCCGUGUCGUGCACGCGCCGAUCAUCAUGCCGGUGGGUGUCUGUGGCGGAGGUGAUCUUCAGCACGAGGUUCCUCGCUGGCCUUCGUUGCGACGCAGGGCGUGCCGCGGGUCAUCCGCGCCCCUCCCCUUCUCCGCCGCCUGGUGUGGCUGACAACUACACGUUCUCACACGAUCUGGACUUCGAGAUGGAGCUGUGCAUCUUCGAGGAGCGUAUUGCGGCAGGUGGUGCUGCUGCGCCAGAUGCCGAUGGUCAGCCCGAAAAAGCUGACCAUGACCUCCUUCAAGUUGUGUGCCAUGCUUCUGGGGCUUCUACUUCAUCAGCUGCGUCUCCUGCGUCGCCUUGUGCGGCGGCUGGCCCCUCCCGCGGUAUGCAUGUUUCCCCUCGUGGCGCUGCUGUUCGGUGCGCUGCCCCUCCGACGUGGGUGGCGGCCUCUUCCUCCGCUACCCCUACUUCGGCGUCGUGCUCUUCUGCGACCCUUCGAGGUUAGCAGGCGCUUCUACGUUUCCGUCAGUGUCUGCUCAUGCGUCAGUUGCUCCGUCCUCGUCAAGUUCUGCGGCUUCUUCCUUGAGGUGUUCGGCCUCUCCUUCAUGUUCGGCGGCUCCGCUGAUGCAGGCUCCUGCGACGCCGCGUGGUGCUCCUGGCAAGGGCAAGGGCGGCAAGGAAACCAACGUGAAGGGUAAAGGCUUGGGCAACGGCUCGGACCAGGGCAAGAACAUGCGUAAGGGCAAAGCCAAGCGCAAGAACUCACAUGGUGCCGCUAUUGGAGCCGCUCGCUGCGCGAGACGCGGAGGCUCCACGAAGUAUAUCCGCGCCGACAUGCCGCCAUGCGCGUGCCCUGGCGCGCACAUCGACUUCGCGAGCGCUCCUGGUUACGAGGGCGCCGUCCUCGUCGCCGACAGUGACAGUGACAUGGCCAAAGACAAGAGCAAGGACAAUGACAAAUACCGCAACACGGACAACAUCAAGGGCUCGGACGACGUCGCCUUCUCCAGAGCGUGGUCUCUGGGUGAUCAUGUCUGCCCGCAUGGCCUCCGCACCGCCGCGCUGAAUGGCGAGAGUGAAGUCAUGUCAAAGUUGCACGCGGGCGAAAAGUGCAUCGGGGUCAUGCUGUCCUCGGGGAAUAUCGUUGCCAUCAGAAUGCAGAACCUCACCACAUCUUAUACACUGGGUUCUCUGGCUUCGUCGGCUCCGCAAGCUUCUUCGUCACCGUCCUCUUCGACGCCAUCUCCGUCAAGGGCAUGAGAGGCGCCGCGCCGCGGCGCGGAGAGGUCGGGACCCGCGCCCCUCGCGCGCUCGACUCCUC